UCUCUGGUCUGCGUGGCGACGGUCGCCGACGUCAUCGACCAGCAGCGCAUACUGGUGCACUUGACAACUGGGACGACUCCUACGACUACUGGUGUGACAGCAGCAGUCCUUACAUCCAUCCCAUCGGCUGGUGUCAGGAACAGGCCCGCCCCCUCACUGCUCCGCAAGGUCACCCCUGUCCGGAGUCCUUCCAGUGGGAGGACUAUCUGGAGCAAACCAAGAGUUCAGCGGCUCCCAGUUCAGCCUUUACACCGAGAGCUCCCCAUGGCUUCCAGGUGGGCCACAAGCUGGAGGCGGUGGACGGGAGGAACCCCAUGCUGAUCCGCGUCGCCACGGUGACGGAGACGGAUGCCCACAGGGUCAAGAUCCACUACUCCGGCUGGUCGGAUCAGUUUGACGUCUGGUGCGACAGCGACCUCUGUGACCUGCACCCCACAGGCUGGUGCCAGCAGACUGGACACCCGCUGGAGACACCAGCAGACUCCUCCCUCCGCCCCGCCCCCUCACAGGGGGUGUGUCCUACUCCCGGCUGCCGGGGAGUCGGACACAUCAAAGGACCCAAAUACAACGGACACCACAGUGCUUUCGGCUGCCCCUACUCCGACAUGAAUGUGCGCCGAGAGACCAUCUUCCCAGACCGCCUGGCGGUGGGGGGGAGGGGCCUCACCGCAACGCCAGGCAACACAGCCUCACACCAUCACCAUGGAAACCAGAAGGAGGGCUGGCGGGUGCUGAGGCCUCGGGGCAGGCCUCCGGGCCGGACCUCCAGCAGCCGGGGCUUCCAGGUGAAGACGGAGCCCGGGGAGGAGCAGCCCUGUGGGGGUACGGCCAGGCUGGUGUUGGCCCUGCGGAAGCGGAGCACGGGGCUGUCCAGAAGUUCUGAGCCGACCAAAUUCCUCCGCGUCAAAAAGGAAGAGGAAGAGAUAGAGCUGACGUCAUCCACCCCUUCAUCAACCCCAGAGGCGACCAGCCUGCAGGCGCUGCACCAGUCCGUCUUCCUGUCGUCUAAAGAACUUCCUGUCCACUGCAAACUACUUCCUGGGGCGGCCGGUCUCAACGCCCACACAGUCCAGACCUGGAGCGUAACACAGGUGUCGGAGUUCAUUGAGUCCCUCCUCGGUUGUGAGGAUCUGGCCAAGCGCUUCAGAGACCAGCAGAUAGAUGGGCGGGCUCUUCUCCUGCUGACCCAACGAGACAUCCUCAGCAUCAUGUCAAUCAAACUGGGCCCCGCCCUAAAGAUCUACACCUCCAUCCUCAUGUUUAAACACGCGGACAACAAGGACCAAUCGGUGUGCCAGGACAAGGACGCCUGAAUCUGUGAGGUCAUCGCAGUCGACCCUCCACUCCUCUCUCCUUUUCUCGACGGACGUUUCGUUAUUUUACAGGAUUGAACCGCAACUACAACCGAACCAACACACACACACACACACACACACACACACACACACACACACACACACACACACACACACACACACACACACACACACACACACACACACACACACACACACACACACACACACACACACACACUACUACUACAACCAGGCGUUCUAGAGGAUGUUACCACAGAGACAUGACAAACGAACAUAUAAUGUAUUGACUAUAAUAUAUAUAUAUAUAUGUGUGUGUAAUAUAUGGAUAAUAUGGAGAUGUCGUAGACUUUUCAUGGGUUUAGUUUGAUCAUGACACUUCAGCCCAGUCCUGAUACUGGGGACCAGUAAGCCCAGGCUGGUGACCAGUCACCCACUGCUCAGGGAACCCUAAAUCUUGAUCUGUUUUGAACGCCCCUUUCCUGGGGGAUUGUGAUAUUGUCUUUUAAUCAUCAUUAUCCACGACCACCAAGGGCAUAUAUAUAUAUAUAUAUAUAUAUAUAUAUAUAUAUAUAUAUAUAUAUAUAUAUAUAUAUAUAUAUUUAAUAGGCAGGUCACCGUUCGUUCCAUAUAUUUAAAUGUGGAAUACUUUGUAUUAUUUGGUCAGUUGGGAACUCAGGUAUUUACCUUCUACCGGUUUUAAGUCGGUUUCUACCAUAAAACAAACUCUUUGUACAAGUUUAUAGCGUUCCACUCUCAGACUUCUAUCAAUAAAGUUGUUGAUUUCCA